AUGGCGGCAGGGCUUACAAUGGUGCUCCUCUUCCUCCUCUUCAUCACGCAAGCCCGGGCGCAACACAAUCCAUCAUCGAAGGUGGUCGGGGCUGUUCAUGGGGUGGCGUAUCUCAGUCCCAGACUGCAAAACCAGAUCUCCUACCACCAAAUCCACUGGCGACGCAACAACUCCGUGAAGAUCGCCAGCCGGGACAGCAGUGCGAAGGUCCAGUACCCCAACAGCACCUACAAGGGACGCCUGGAACUCUUCCCCAACAACACACUAAAAAUCAGCUCCCUGCAGAAAACUGACAGCAGCAUGUACCAGGUGUACCUGGAGGAUGAGGUGGGCAAGGAGCACAUUGAAAGCAUCCUCCUGACAGUGUACGAUCUGGUCCCGAAGCCCACUGUGAAUGCCAAAGUGAUCGGGGAUGACCCGGCAUGGUGCAAAGCCACCCUACAGUGCUCGGUGGGGCUCGAAGGGGUGACCUAUGAGUGGAUCCCCCCCAGCAAGCUCCCGCUGGAGGGUGUGGGUGCCUCUGAGCAGCAUGUCUCCUUCGACCCCUUAAUAGAAACCUACAUCUGCAAAGUCAGCAACCCUGUCUCCUCCAACAAUGCCUCGUUGACCUACAGGUACCCCUGCUCCUGGACAGGUGAGUUCUCCGCUGCUGCAUCCUGCACCACCACCAGCAUGCUGGUGGCCCUGGGACACCUCGUCCUCCUCCUCAUUCUGGCUUAAGGACGCUCUGUGGUUGACAUCUCUCCUCAUCUCAUCACCCCCCGCUGCAGGACCAGCACCUAGAUGAGGUCCCCAAACCCACUGGAUGCAGGAAGAUGUGGCUGCUCAAGCAAAACAUUAAACCAGUGUCUGUUACACCAGCACUCACUCAGCCUCAUCCACAGCCACCUGCUUCCCGCCAGCCCAGGCUCUGGCCGCUCUGCCACUGCCUUCAGGGUAGCUCUGUGCCUCAGUUUCCCUCCUCACCUUUCCUGCUUUGCUUUACUCAGAGGUCAUGUUCUCUAGAUCUGAACAUAACAGAGAUGAAGUCUGUUGCAAUGGUGUUUCGAGAACCCAGGCAACCUAAAUUGCUAAAUUCAUGGUUAACUUCUUGGAAAUCUUCCUCUCCCCAGCCCUGAGAACUGUGGGGAGACUCAAUCCGAGCCUUUCCCGGUGCUCGCCGUGGACCUGGGGGGUCCUCGGCCAUUGCCUGCUGUCAGCCUCAUCCCUUUAUGGGACCGAUGAGCAGUGCGACAGUGCAGGAUGGUGCACGACGUGUUUAGCCUGAAACCAGUGACACCAGCAUGGGUGCAGCUGGCUGCUGCCCAACCUCCAGGUCUGGAGCACCGGGGCAUCUCGAGGGGGCAGAGCUGAGGUGGCACCUUUGGC